AUGCUUGCGCCGCGUUUCACAAUCGGCCUGUUAAGUCUCGCAAAAGCCUCGUCGGCCAGCUAUGGCUUUUAUGUUGGCAAAGCCCUCACCCACGAUGGAAGCGUCAUGGUCGGCGGAACCGGUGAGGAAGUAUCCUCUCACUGGCUUCAGAUCUUUCCCGCCAGAGAUCAUGGGCCAAACGCCACAAUCACGGUUGGAGUAACCGAAGAUGCGUCGAUGCCUGGCCAAUUGCUCAACAUCUCUCAAGUACCACAUACGUAUCGAUAUCUGUCCAUGGAGUACUCGGACUUUGAAGGAUUCCCCGCCCCUCUUACCAAUGGCGGCGUAAAUGAAAAGGGCGUGGCGGUAAGAGAUAUCUGGGCCCAGAACCGCGAUGAUCUCAUUGCGAUGACACCCAAUCCCCAGACAGGGCUACAGUACUCUGACCUCGCUCGUGUUGUACUGGAGCGUGCGAGCACGGCACGUGAGGGCGUAGAACUUAUCGGAAGGAUGAUUGCAGAGUAUGGGUAUGCUGAUUACGGCGGAAACUCACAUCUAAUUGCCGACGCAAAUGAAGGAUGGGUUGUGUGGGAGAUGUCUGGCGGCCAAAAGCUGUGGGCUGCUGAGCGCUUGGGUGACAACGACGUGCGUGUCCUCUACCCAGGCUACAUUGAGGACUUUCCCGUGGAUUUUGAAAAUAACCCAGACUACAUGGGUAGUCCUAAUAUCGUCAGCUUCGCCGUUGAGCAGGGGUGGUGGAAUCCCAAUGGCACGGUACCUUUCAACAUCUUCAACGCUUAUGCCUACCAAGCUGAGGGGUAUACGGCUAGGGAUGGAGGCGCAAAGUAUAUGUCCCAAGCUGCUCUUGAAAACGCUACCCGCGCAAUGGCCCCAGUGACAGAGAAGGAUCUCAUCGCCCGCGUCCGCGACUACCGCAUCUCAGACGAUGAAGCCGGCUAUGGCCAAGUCGUCUCUCUGCAUGCAGACAUGGACCCAGAUCUAAUCCGCAUCUGGGUCGCACCCACAAGCUCCGUGACCGCUCCAUUCGUUCCAUGGUGGCUAGGCGUCACGAGUGUGCCACCAGAGUACGGACUGCACCGGUAUCUGUACAAAGACGCGGCAUCCACGUUCCUAGACACAGACUACCAGUACCAAGAAGCCACGCAAUUUGCCGGGCGCAUCUUCAAGCAGGUGUUGUAUUACACCUGCUUGGACCCUCCGACGUAUCUGCAUAUCGUGCAGGACAUGUUGCUUGGGUUUGAGAAUGCGUCGUUUGUGGAUAUGGAGUGGGUAGAGCGCGGGGCGAAGAGCAUGCUGCAGGCCGGAUUGAGGGACGAGGCAAGGAAGCUGUUGACCUUUUACUCGCAUACGAGGGCGGACAAGGCGCUGGCCAUGGGGCGGACGAUGGUGGAUGCGUUGGACGCAUAUGUCAAGUUGACGGGCUACUUUCGCAUGCCAAGCGGCGGUCGCAUCAACGACCCCGGGCUGGGUGCUGAGACUGUGAACUGCUUGGUAGGCUUCGACCCUGACCAACCCGCCGACAAACAAAGUCCACGACGAAAGUUUCGCCGCCAGCAGCCUCACCAUUAG